AUGGACCAAGAACAAGGCCGCACUGCUCCGCGUGGGCAUGCGAGGACUAAAAGCAACACGUCCGUCGGCAGCAACAAUCCGUCCAAACUUAGACACACGAGGUCCAAGAGCACCAAGAAACUCGACUCAAUCUAUUCCGAUGAGGCCACCAUCGCUUUCAUCAAACGUACUUUAUGCGCUCAGCAACUCACAGGCCCGGAGGGUAGCAGAGCACGAAACACAUCCAAGCCUUUGUCUGAAUUACUGCCUCCUUUGACUUCUUCUAAUCAAGUCGACCUCCAACUUUAUGCUCUCAUCUCUAUUAUCAUCAAGGAUUUUGUACAGGCUUGGUACUCCAGAAUCACUCCGGACCAGCAAUUCACCGAUCAGGUCGUUCAAAUCAUCGCACAUUGCACACACGCUCUUGAGCUGCGAAUAACAGCCGUGGAUCUGGAGGCCUUGAUAUUCGAUGAACUCUUUGAAUUGAUCGACGUCCAUGUUACAGCCUAUCGAACUGCACAUAGCGGAUCCUACACUUCUUUCCUCGUAGCAAAUCCGAGAGAGAUCUAUCACGCCAUCAAUCCUCAUCCUGCCCUCUCUCCGGUCCCGUUUGAGGCCGGAUCUCUUGCAUCACUAGAUCAGGCUGAGAAUGAAGCUGCAUGGCGUCAACUGCUAAUCCAAGGAGUAUUGUCUCAUCUGCUUCCACCGGAAGAUCUCAAUAAUCCACCUCUAAGGGUGCUAGUGACUGAGAUAUUUUCCGAGUUGAUCAUUGGGCGCGGAGUCUGCGGCAACAUCUGUGAAGGCUGGUUCAUCUGGGAUGUUGUUUCAAAACUACUUGCCAUCCUUCGUCCUUCUGGAUCCGAUGUACUGCAGCAACCACCCAUCAGUCCGAAUCGCCUCGAGAAGUUUGGCCUCCUGGCAGAUGACAGUGACGACGCUGAGGAGCCACCGGCUAUCGCGAGAAGAUGUCCAGUGGACGCUCUCUCCAGCGUGUUCCUGCAGGUCAUGCAAUACGCCUUCCUUGCCUUCAUAUCCCUACGCGCGUUCUUCUCAGCUCUGUCAGACGCCGCAUCUCUCCCUCCAAGGACGAAUAACAGUGAAGACUCGAUGCAUGGCGAAUUGGAUGACAGCGGCUCACUAUCCCAACAUUCAACACGCGACAGUCCGAAGAGACCAAUCCUAGGAAUGUCCCUCUGGAGUUGUUGCUCGCAUUUGCUUUCUUUGGACUUGCAGAUGCCAUGGCUUACCACCAUGGGUGCGUACAUACAGUGGCUGUUGAUCUGCAGUUCGUGGAAGGUGGGUUGCACAAACAGCAGAUUGGAUAGACUCCUUUCCCACCACAUCCACACCAAAAUCCUCGAUCCCACUCGCUUACCGUCCAUCCUCCUACUCAUCCGCACAAACAUGUUUCCCAACAAUUCUCUUGGCCCCGGUCGUGUGCCACCCACACCCGAAGAAGCUAUGGAACUGCGAGCGAGAUGUGCCGCUUCCAUUAUUGCUGCGUUACCACCUAUUGUGGUGAAGCAAGUGUUUGCAAAGAGAGGUGAAGAGGAAGUGCAAAAACAGGUUGAAGAAAUGUUGGAGACUUUCGGAGAUGCGUAUCUCAAUAAGCAUUUGGUGGUAGCUAUUGUAGAUUUGGUUGUUGUGAGAUUGUUUCCUGAGCUUGCGGAGCAGAGGAUACAAGUAUCGUGA